AACUCAAACUGCACUUGACUUUCCAGCUCAAUCCGUCCUUUCAUUUGGCCUCCUAGUGUUUCGGCCUCAGCGCGAGAACGAGGGAAAAGUACGUGCACGUACGUUGACAUGGCUCCAUCCGAGGAGUGCGGCUGGCUGCUGUACGUUUCCCUCGCCGCCAAAUGCUGCGCCAACGGCGACGGCGAGCCUUACCGAGUGGUAGGCUUUGUUGCCGUUCUCCUCGCCGCCUUCGUCGUCACGUCGCUCCUGCGCUGGGCGUCUCAGGGUGGUGCGGCGUGGGGGAGGUAUUGGUGGACGAGGAAGGGUCUGGGCAUUGGCGAGGCCCGUAUCCCGGGGCCACGGGGCUUCCCCGUGAUCGGCAGCAUGGGCCUCAUGACCGGCCUCGCGCACCGGAAGCUCGCGGCGGCGGCGGCGGGAAACGUCAGGCGCCGGCGGCUCAUGGCGUUCUCCAUGGGGGAGACCCGGGUGGUGGUGACCGCCGACCCUGACGUGGCGAGAGAGCUGCUGGCUAGCCCGGCGUUCGCCGACCGGCCGGUCAAGGAGUCCGCCUACGGGCUUAUGUUCCAUCGCGCCAUCGGGUUCGCCCCCUACGGCGCCUACUGGCGCACGCUCCGCCGCGUGUCGUCCUCGCACCUCUUCUCGCCGCGGCAGGUGGCCGCCUCCGCCGCGCAGCGCGCAGUGAUCGCACGCCAGAUGGUGGAUGCCAUGAGGCCCGUCGGCGGCGCUGGCGUCAAGCACGUCGAGGCGCGGCGGUUCCUGAAACGCGCGUCGCUGCACAACGUGAUGUGGUCCGUUUUCGGCCGGAGGUACGAGCUGGACGAGGCCGGGAGCGGGGAGGCCGCGGAGCUCAAGAGUCUGGUCGACGAAGGCUACGACCUGCUCGGCCAGCUCAAUUGGUCCGACCACCUCCCGUGGCUCGCACGCUUCGACCCGCAGAAGAUCCGGUCCAGGUGCUCCGCCCUGGUCCCCCGCGUGAACUGCUUCGUCGGCAGGAUCAUCGACGAGCACCGUGCCGCCCGGAACGACGACGCCGACGCCGUGGUAGACUUCACCGACGUCCUGCUGUCCCUCCAAGGCAGCGACAAGCUCUCCGACGCCGACAUGAUCGCCGUCCUCUGGGAGAUGAUCUUUCGUGGCACCGACACCGUGGCAGUGGUGAUCGAAUGGGUGCUGGCCCGGCUGGUGCUGCACCAGGACGUGCAGGCGAGGGUCCACGAGGAGCUGGACCGGGUGGUCGGGCCGAACCGGGCCGUGACCGAGUCGGACGCCGCCUCGCUCGUCUUUCUCCAGGCCGUGGUCAAGGAGGUCCUGCGCCUUCACCCACCAGGCCCACUGCUGUCGUGGGCGCGGCUUGCCACGUCAGACGUCCACGUAGAUGGGUUACUUGUCCCCGCGGGGACCACUGUCAUGGUCAACAUGUGGGCCAUAACCCACGACCCAGUCGUGUGGGACAAGCCGGCGGAGUUCAAGCCAGAACGGUUCCUCGCCGGGCCAUCGUCGGACCACGCCGCCGCCGGCGCUGAGUUCUCUUUAACGGGUUCCGAUCUCAGGCUCGCGCCGUUCGGGUCGGGCAGGCGGAGCUGCCCCGGCAAGUCGCUCGCGAUCGCCACCGUCGGAUUCUGGGUUGCCACGCUGCUGCACGAGUUCGAGUGGACGCCGCCGUCGUCCGACGGGCCAGGUGGCGUGGACUUGUCUGAGGUGCUGGGGCUGUCGUGUGAGAUGGCAGCUCCGCUGGAGGCAAGGCUGAGGCCGAGGCGUGCUGUGUGAUGACGUGGCUGGGCCAUGCGGGCAGGGUAGACGUUGGCCUCUUCUUCUUUACUACUAUCAGUGCGUGUAGUGUAGUGGUAAUGUAGUGUCCCGCUUUGGAAAUGUACCUGCUACUACAAUAGGUCCGGCCCUGGUACGUGUACUGCUGUCCUUUACUGUUCUUAGCAGGGUAGAUGUUUAAUUGCGUAGUUAUGAGCUACUAUCAGGAAGUGAGUGUGACAGUUUUCUUGUGCUUCCGGUUUGCUGCCUAGAGAUGUACUACUACAAGUUCCUAUGUAAAAAUAUUUAUUUUAAUGCAAGUAUCAGUUGUGUUA